AUUCAACAGCUCAGCUGUUUUAUACCGACGUUAAAAUCUACGUUUGUUCAUUAAAACCGCGGAAUAAUGGUCUUUGGCCUCAAAAUUCUUGUUGAUUUUUAAAUUGAAGUCAAUUUCUUGAAAUUUUUGUUACUUAUCCAUUUGGUGAUCCGCCUUGUAAACUCCGGCGGCAAAACGAGUAUCUGGUAGAAUGAGCCGUUCGUUGGAUUGUCGGAUGAAACUAUGUCCAUCAUUUUUCUCCUGGGAAUAUGGCUCUUGACGCAACUCCUCGAGGCAAAGGCUAACCGGAGGCCAUCUUCGUCUUCAAAUGCUGCCUCAUCGUUAGGGGGCUCCGAUACUUUUCUGAAAAGCAGCCAGAGCGAGACGAAGGAGGACUGUGACGCUCGCGACCUGCUCAUCUGGCUUCUGCUCCUGACGAUCGGCACCGUCCUAGUCAUCGCGGCCACCACCUUCCUCUGCCUCGCCUGGCGUCGCAUCAGAAAGAACACCUGCUGCCUCAAACAGAAGAUCACCUACAUGGAGAUGGAGACCAUCCUCCGCCUACCCGAGUUCACCCACUGCGACGACGAGUGAGCUACGGAAAAAACAUCUUCAUCGGCCUAAGACCCCCGAAGAGACCUCGGGGCGGGGAUGGGUGGCGAUGAGGGUCGGGGCUCGUUCGAGCUGGUGUUCUCGCAGGACAAGACGUUGAACGCGCGGUACCUGGGCAGCGGGACGGCCGGCGUGGGCGAGUGUCGGCUUGGCUACGUCCCGGCCUGGCUGGUGGUCUGCACGGUCACCCUCUUCCUCAUCGUCUUGGCCGUUUUCCUCCUGGGCAUCUCCGCCAUGCGUCUCGUCAUGGCCCAGGAUUGCCUCAAGCAGAAGGUCAAGCACAUCGACAUGGAGAACCUUAUGGCCCUCCCCAAGUCCGCCCAGGAUGAGGAGUGCAUCGGCUGUCAUUGACGCUCACGCUCGCUGGCAUCGCCAUCGAACUGAUGUAUAUCCAGAUUAGCUUCGGUCUCCAGUGAGGAAACUUUCAGGCCCUCUUUUCGUCACAUUAGUCCAGAUUCCCCUUAGAGCCGAUUUCUCUCAAAUAUAGAGAUGACUCAAGUUGGCGCAGUUGAUUUAGGGCCGGCGGUAGAUUUGGCGUCGAACCUUUGGGCAGCGUUGCCGCCGAAGAUAUUCGAUGAGGACAUUACUCCGAUGCAGGCUCGGACUAAAGGGGAUGUCACGGACAAUUCCUGGGACCAGCCUCAAAGAGGGGAUUCGGAAUAUGAACUCAAAUCCAAAAAGAAAUACAACAACAACGCUAGCAAAAAGAAACCGUUCGAGGGCAAAGCGUCGUUGAUCUACUACUGGUUCCUGGGCCUCUUGGCGGUGCACAUCAUGCUGGCGGUCACCCUCUCCGUUCUCGCCGUCCGCUUCUUCAGGGUGCAUGCCGUGAACCGGGUGCUGGGCGACCGUGCCACCUACUUGCAAAACCACCCCAAAGCGCCCAUCGAUGACGUCAUCCACCACUCGGAGAGUGAUGUCAGAGCUGAGUCCCGCACCAAACUCGGUCGAACGGAAAAAGAAAAGGAAACAGGGGAAAAAGCGAGGAAAGCUACGCCCAAAGCGAAGGAGCGGAGGAGGGAACCGGGUGGAGACCGCAGACAAUUCGGAAGAGACUCGUCUGACGAACCGGAUGACUCCGGCUGAACUGGAUUCGGGUUCAAGCUGAUGCGCAUUGCUUUCAUCCUUUCACCCUCGAGGUCUUGAGGACCGGGUUCGAACCUCACCCAGGGGCUUCUAUGGAUAAACAGAGGGAAACCGAACCAAAUAUCGUUUGUCAUCUAUUUUUUGUCAGAAAUUGUUCUCACUUAGGUAGGUAUUCCUACCAACAUCUAUAAUUCUUAUCAAAACUUUUCUAAGUAAACAAUCCCGUGAGAUCAGAAGUUUGUACAGAAUGUAAAUAAUGCAAUCAGAAAUUUCGUCACUUCGUGUUUGAAUGAUUGGUCUCAAGUAGAUAACACAUGUAAAUAAAGUCUGUUCUAAUGCGCGGAGACAAUUUAAAUAUUUCUAGCCACUCGAAAGCGGAACACGUGGUAAAUACAUGAAUUUUCAAGACAAAA